AGCUGCUGGCACACUCAGGAAGAGCUGCGUCACAGCAGAAGCCCCGCCCCUUUCUGUGGAAACACACAGGGCUGAAGAGACUCAGCAGAGGCGGCUACAGGCAGAGCUCUCCUCUGCUUACGAAAUACUUCCAUCAUGGCCGUCUCCUCCUUGCUGCUCCUGAGUGUUGUUGGCCUCUUCAUUACAGCUCAAGCUCAGAAUUGCUCCAGACCAGUUGGAGGAGACAACAUGGGUCUGAAGGGGAGCGACAUCCUUUUAGACGUGUUCCUAGACGGGAUCAAAGUGAACUUUGCGUGUGACGUGGGCUACGUCUCGGAAGGGUCUUCAGCCAUCACCUGUACGGCUGGCACCUGGAGCCCUUUGAGGAUGACCUGUAAAAGGAAAUCCUGUGGCGAUGCUGGCCAAGUGGACAACGGAGUAAUUGAUUAUUCUGGAGGAAAUGAGUUCGGCGAUCAAGUGACGGUCAUCUGCAACCCAGGAUUUGAUUUGGUUGGAAAUUCGCAACUCCGGUGUGGAAACAGUGGCUGGGAGGGCCGGCUGCCUGUGUGUGAGGUGACACAAUGUGACGCGCCUCCGAAGCCGGCCAUCGGCAGCUUCAGUCCGGUAAAAGACUCGUAUGAAUACAGAGAGGUCAUCCAGUACUCCUGUCCUGGAGGGUAUACCCUGAAGGGAACUAAAUCUCAAACCUGCUUAGAGAGCGGAAAGUUUGAGCCGGCCCCCCCGGAGUGUGUCAAGGUUAGAUGUGAGGAACCUACGGUUCUGAACGGCCUUUAUCAUUCGGGGUCACGCGGUCCCUACAUCUACAAGAGCACAGUGACGUUUGAGUGCGACCAGGGGUACAAGAUGAUCAAUUCUCCCACCAUCACCUGUGAGAUGAACAAUCAGUGGGAACCUGAACUCCCAAAAUGUGAACGGGUACCACCAAAAACCACCAGCACCACUGAAAGACCUACAUCCACCAAGAAGCCCCCAGCUCCUGGCCCCACUGGGGUACCACCAAAAACCACCAGCACCACUGAAAGACCUACAUCCACCAAGAAGCCCCCAGCUCCUGGCCCCACUGCCAGUGCAACACGCUUGUACACGGGGCUCGGCAUCACUUUUGCGGUAAUCAUCUUAUUAAUCAUCGGCCUCGUUUUGUGGCAUUGUGGAGUCCUGCCGUGCUUCAAGAGAAAGUCUGGCUCUAGGAGGAGCCCCACUCACCCUGUGGUUUCAACAGAAGACAAUGUAGUGCUGCGAUCCUCUCCUCUCACAGGAUGCAGGUCUUCCACAGUUCUCUCGUGAAGCUCUAAUUGAGAUUCUUCUCGUUGCUCUUCCUCCUGCAGUAAACUGGAUCCUGAUGCUGCUGCUCCAUAAUUACCCGAUGUAGAGACGAACAGCUGAUAUGAGGGAUGUCUCCAGACACGUCUGAAGGUCUCCAUGUUCCUCGGGACAGGGCCGGCUGACGGAGACGCUCUGAAGAAACAUUUGUGACCGUCUGAGAUUCAGAAACUGCAGUACAGUCAAAUCAACCCUUAGCUUCUGCUUUAAGCAGCUCCUUUCAAUUAGUGGACGGAAAUUCCAGACACUAAAAAAAACCACUUUUCCUCUGCCCUGCGUUUGUCCUUGUUAUGAAGCGAUGAGGCAGAUCUGUUGAUGAAUACAUGUUGCACUAUGAACCGUAAGAAUGACUGCAUGCACCUUAAACACAGCUGCCAGACACCUGAAGGAAGUGUACAGUCAGCUGUUUUCAUUUGAUGUUCAGAAACUAUCAAUCAUUCAAACAAAAAAGUGAGGCCGAUAAAAGGUUCCUCAACUCUUAAGGUGCGCUCCCACCGGACUCGAAGCCAAGUGUCACUCACACGUGCUGGCGAGGAGGCGGGGCUUGACUCCAUGUAGACAACAAAAAUAAAACCUUUAUCCGUGACUUAAUGCUAAUACUGCUUCCUCAGUGAACUGUGUCAGUGACGACAGGCUGAGAGGCUCUCUGCUGAUUGGCUCUAAGAGACAGCGUCAUGAGAAGUUGAAGAACUUAACUCUUGUGUUUUUCUGACCUUACAUGUAACCGCGCCGCUUCAAAAAGACAUGCUUCUGGUCCCGUGUGAGCGUGACAGAUUAGACGUCACCACUGUAGAGCAGUCUGGUUCCUGCAGUCCAGCCCAGUGCCUGAAGUAAAGCAUUCUCCAAACGCCUUGGUCUGUUUAAAGUUAAUAUCGUGAUGUAAUGUUGCUGCCGUGUGUUGUGCGCUGAGCAUAAUUUAAAGAGACAUUAGAGAAACCCCAAAUGAUUACUGAUAGAGCCUCUCUCCCACAGAGUCCGUUCAAUAAUCGAUGACAGAAGAACUGUAGGAGUGUUAGGCCGCCGGUGUCUGUAUGAACUGAUCUUUGUAAGAAUUUUGCACUUCCUGCUUUUUAUCUGUAUUUAUUUGACUAGAAUGUGUGUUGGAUCAUCUCACGUUGAUUUUGUACCGUUUUGAGGCUUUUGUUUCGCCACUAACUUUUGUAAUCCAGUAAUGAAAUAAAAGCUGAAGAGGAGAUGCUGCCGGA